AAAUGCAAAUUCUGUGUAAAUAAUUUUAAAAAUUAAUGAUUAGUAUAUAUUGAUCCAGUCUUCAUAACCACCUAUUCAUACUUCUAAAGUUCUCAACAACGAAAGCAGCAACAAUGGCAAAUGUACCAUGUACAUUAGUUUUGAAAUCUACUGAUACAUCAAUGGUAACACCUGACUCUGUCUAUGUUGCAGCGAAACAGAUGUUUAAAUUUGGUGUUAGAAUAAUUGAAAAACGAGAAAAUGUAGUAAUGGUUAAGCUAUCGUACACCCCGAGAGCUGAUACAAUGCUAAAAAAAUUAGGAAAUUUACCUAUCGUACAUUUAAAAUUACCGACGGAGGAUAAUAAUGAAUUGCAAAUAUUACAAAAACUAUAUCAAGGAUAUACAUUCAAUUUAAAGGGCGAUGAAGGAGAAAGUUUGCAAAUGGUGAAAGAUGAUACAAAAGAUAGGGUAAUGGUAAGUAUUGGAAGAGAAACAGACAAAAUAGUGACGCAGCAACCGCAAACAAGUGGAAAAAGAAUGAUCAAUCAAGUCAAUUCAGUGUCUGCAAAAACAAUGGAAAACGAAGGAAAAUGUAACAAAAAGAAAAAAAUGAAAACAUUAAAAAAUAGGAUGAUCAAAACAUGUUGGUGCAGUAGCAGCAACCGCAAUCGCCACACUAAGAAAUAGUAUGAUGAUGACGAAUUUAAUUUUAACAGUUAAAAAUAUUCAUUUCAAGAAUUGUAAUUUGCUCAUAAUUGAAU